AUGGCAGCAGCUGGAACGGUGAUUGCGCCGCCCUAUGUCAUUACCGCGACGGACAAGCGCGGGCUGAUAGUCGUAACCGGAGUCUCCGUGCUGGCCUUUGUGUGGUCGUGCUCGCUGAUCCGGCUGUGGCUGCGAUGGCAAUUGAAGCAGUGGAGAUGGGAUGACUGGUGGCUGUCAGCCGCAACGGUGCUCGACACGGUCCAGACAGGCCUUGUCUUGCACCUGGUCACGCUGGGCUUGGGCGCCUCCCAAGCCGACUUGUCGCUGGCCCAACGCGAGCGCCUGGGAAAAGAAGGCUUCGCAACACAAAUCCUGUACAUCUUCGUCCUCUUAACCUCGAAGCUGUCAGUGCUAUUUCUGCACCUGCGCCUAUCACCAGGAGGCUGGCACCGCCUCGCCAUCUGGUUCAUCCUCGUGGUAUCCUGCAUCUGGGCCGUCCUCUCCGUCGUGCUCGUGGCAGUCCCGUGUAAUCCGCUCCAAGCCGUGACUCGGCCUCCGCAUUGUAGUAACAGGUGGCCCAAAUGGCUGGCUAUCAGCAUCCUCGAUAUCGUCACCGAGUUUCUCAUCUUCACCACGGCUAUCCAGCUGGUACACUGCCUCAACAUGCGGCGGUCGGCCAAGGUGCUGGUCAUUGUUGCGUUUAGCGCGCGGCUGCCCGUCAUUGUGCUGGCGAGCGUGCGCCUGCACUAUCUGCACCAGCGCUUCCACGGCUCGUAUACGUUUGAGUACCUCGUUGCCACGCAGUGGCAGAUGGGCUAUGCCAUCAUGAGCUGCACCAUCACCGGCAUGGGCCCGCUGCUACGCCCGUUUGAGAAUGAAUAUGUGUCGAGCACCAAGGAACAGGGCCAGAGCAGUGACCAGCACGUCAUGACACGGGACUCGGUCAGCUCCAGUGGCAGCUCGGUUCUGCCUCCUCGCCGCAUGCCCAGGACCGCGCCAGAUAAUGUUUCCGAGUUUUACUUGAUGGACAACUUGCCCCCGCGAAAUACUACCAAGCGCACAAAGGCCCAUCACCGCCGCUCUGCUUCUCUGGACCCAAGUCGAUUGGCAACUUCGUCGUCUCCACCGCCAGCCACCAUGACGGCAGAUGAAAACUUCUGCCCUGCACACCUGUAUCGCAGCCACGAAGCAGAGGUUUGGGUGGGAGAACGGUCUAUGAGCUUUUGCCAGGACGAGUCACAGCCUGGCGCUGGGCCCAGUGGCAAAGGGGGAGCCAACUUGGUCAUUGGCAAGAAGAGAGAGUUCAAGGUCGAGAUUGAUCGAGCCAGCCGCUAUGCCGACAACGUGUUUGAAGCAUGA